CGGGGGCGUGCAGUUUCAUCGCCACGGACGGAGGGAACACGACGCCUCAGAGGAGCCGGCCAGGACAAGUUGUUGGCAUCGAGAGAGUCCCGACUUUUUUUCCACAAGGCCCACACGCUGACAGAUGGACAAUCGAGUCUCUCAUGAAGGACACACAAACGGAGACGGAAGGGUCAUGACAUCAUCGGCGUUGUCAUUUGUUCUCAUGGACCGUUUUACUGUUGGGAUUUGCGUGCCGUUAAGAGCUGUGGCCUGGACCAGGAGAUGAUCCUCAUUCUGGAUGCAUACUCGGUGGAACCUUGGUGCCACCUGCCUGAUCGAGUGAUCCUUGGACACUUGUCCAAUAACAUACCACCACCAGGAUGUUACCAGCUCACUCCGAUUUUACCACCAACACCCCAAAAAGGACGUUGGAGAAAAGAACGCCAGACUCCUUCCAAGCCGUAUAUCAAAAAACCACCGAACGCGUUUAUGUUAUUUAUGAAGGAGCAGCGGCCUUUUGUCAAAGCUCAACUUGAAAAUUCAGGCGGAGAGCCAAAAGACAGCGCAUCCGUUAAUAAAGUCUUGGGGCAGAUGUGGAAGUCGCUCACGCAGGACAAGAAGGAAAAGUACUUUGAUGAAUCGGAUCGGCUCAACCAGAUCCAUGCCAGCUUGCACCCGCAUUGGUCCUGUCGAGAUAACUAUGGUCAAAAGAAAAAGAGAGUGUGGGCUAGUACCAAAAAAUCCAAACGCACCAAUAAUGUCCAACCGCGUGCUUCUUUGAUGGGCAAUAAUAAUACAGUGCGUGUACCUGACAUCCCUGCACCGGCACCCCCCUCUGUCACUUUCAGCCACUUUGAGGCCCCCAAAGCGGACCUGACUGGCCACUUGGCGGUGCCGAGGCAGCCCUUCUUGCCAUAUACGAGCAUUUGGGGGGCAGGGCCGAAUGAGAACCUUGGCUGCACCAUCGGUCAGGGUUUUGAGUUGCCUCCAUCUUCGUCCUCAUCCUCAUGCAUGCUGUAUGAGAACGACCUGACGACCUCCGGCCUAUUUAAGACGUUGGAGGAGCUGGAGAUGUCCACUAGCUCCUUCUGGGAUUCACCCUUAUGUAGCAGCAGCUUGCAUGAGGACGACCUGACCUCCGGCCUAUUUAAGGAGUUUUCCGAGGUGACCUCCAACUGCUUUUCGAGUUCUCCCUCAGACACCAGCAGCCUUCUUGAGGAUGAGGAUAUUCUGACCUCUGACCUUUUUAAGCAGCUGUUAGCUUUGGAGGCAGCUGAGGCGUCCUCAGCCUCUUUUUUGUCUUCCUACCUCAUUUAGGGCAUGGAAACUGAGACACAAUGAAUUGAUUCUUUUUAUGAACGUUUUGAUAUACAUGAUAGAUUUCUUCUUUUUAUCCGCUUCUAUCUAAUCUUUUAACUGUUCCCUUUUAACUCUUUUAAUGACCGAUUGAUCUGACUUUAUUCUUAAUAUUUUACAAUUGCAAUUUACAAGUGCUUUACAAAAGUUGUUUUAUCUGUUUUAUCUAUUUUUAAAAUGAAUUUUAUUGGGUGUAAAUUUCCCUUAAACACAAAUGCACUUGAUUUUAAGAUACCAAAUGCGAACUGUAUUUUUUCCAUUUUUAUUGAUUAAAACAC